AGGCAGUCCCGCGCGCCGUGUCCCUUCGCCAAGGUGGGACUAUUUGCCGAGACACAAAACAGCCCCGCGAGAGAAACUAAGCUCUGGGAUCCUUCACACGAAAAAGGGAGCGAAGGAAGGAAGCGCGGCCCAACGCUUGUGCGCCUUAACCAGGGUGGCCUGGCACUUUUCAGCUCCCCCCUCCCCCGCCCUGAGGAAAAAGGAGGAGCCAGAGGGGCGGAGGAAUCCCGAGGGCGGUUGGUGACGCUGCGGCGGGCGGGCCGUGGCGCCAGAAUUCGGAGUGGGCUGAGGAUAGAGUUUUGAGAGGUAAAGUCAGGGUUGAGUUUCGCUCAACGCCGGCCGUUAUCGCUCUACCGCUCCGGGGAGGGCGGUCAUGGUGAUGCUCCGGAGCAGUUCGGGCGGUUCUAGCCGCCCGGACCCUCACGACGGAGAGAGCGGCGCCGCGACGCCCAGCACCGGGAGCCGUCGGCGGGUCGUCCCUCCGCGGUGCCUCUAUGAGGCGAUCGAGUCGAGUUCGGAGUUCCUCUCCUUGGAGCUGCCGUCGACGCGGAGCAGCAGCAGGCGCAGAGUCGGGACCCGCUCGGCAAGCACGGCCGCUGCCGAGGCUGCUGGCUCUUCUAGCCAGGGACCUGCCGGGAACCGGAGAGCGGUGGCGGAAUGUGAACAUUUCACAAGACACUCUAUGAGGAAGAGUAAUCAACAAUGUUCAGACUCUGGGUUUGACAAAGACGUGGUAAUGCUCAGUGAAAAUGGCAUUAACAGGAAACAUUUUACAAGGCAGCUGGCUAGAUUGCAGGCUGAUACAAAAAAUGAAGAGUGUGAAGAAGGAGUUGUAGUUCCUGUCACCAGAUCACUGAAAAAUGGAAUAAAUGUGAAGCCCUCUGAGCUUGUUGCAGAAGAAAAUAGGGAUGUUGAAGUUCGUCGUAGCUGCAGAAUUAGGCGCAGUCGCUAUAGUACGAUGAACCAGUCAGUUUUGUUUGACAAGCUUAUUACAAACACUGCUGAAGCUGUACUUCAAAAAAUGGAUGAUAUGAAAAAGAUGCGCCGGCAACGAAUGAUGGAUUUAGAAGAUCUUGGAGUAUUCAAUGACAGAGAAGGGGAAAACCUUAAUGUGUACUCAAGAGGAAAACAAAAAAGAGUAAUCCAGAGGACUGAUGAAGAAACUACUGAUAACCAGGAUGGAAGUGCAGAGUCUUCAGAAGAAGGUGAAGACCAAGAAGAUGUAGAAGAUAAUCAGAAGCGUUAUGAUCUUAGACAAAGAAAGACUGUUGUGCGAUAUCAAGCUUCACCAGAAAAGCCCAGGCAUCAAAGGAAGCCCAAAUUAUUUUAUCCUGAUGUUGCCUCACCAGUAAGACGAAGGUUUUCCUUUAGUCCUGCAGGACCAAGAAGCCCUUACUGUAAAAAGAUGAACAGACGAAAACAUGCAAUGCAUAACAGUGAUUCCACAUCGUCUUCAUCAUCUGAUGAUGAACAGCGUUUUGAGAGGCGUAGAAAACAAAGUCGGAGCAAAGCAUUAAGCAGAUGCCUUCCACUGAACUUCAGGAAAGAUGAAUUGAAGGGAAUCCACAAAGAUCGGAUGAAAAUUGGUGCAAGUUUGGCUGAUGUUGAUCCAAUGCAAAUAGACUCUACUGUACGAUUUGAUUGUGUGGGUGGACUUUCUAGUCACAUUUCAGCUCUAAAGGAGAUGGUGGUUUUCCCAUUGCUUUAUCCAGAAGUGUUCGAGAGAUUCAAAAUUCAGCCUCCAAAGGGAUGUCUUUUCUAUGGCCCACCAGGAACUGGAAAAACCCUUGUUGCCAGGGCACUUGCUAAUGAGUGCAGCCAGGGUGACAGAAGAAUAGCAUUUUUCAUGAGAAAGGGGGCUGAUUGCCUUAGUAAAUGGGUGGGAGAGUCUGAACGGCAACUUCGUCUAUUAUUUGAUCAGGCCUUUCAGAUGCGUCCUUCAAUUAUAUUCUUUGAUGAGAUAGAUGGUCUUGCUCCUGUGCGGUCCAGUAGACAAGAUCAAAUUCACAGUUCAAUUGUUUCCACGUUACUUGCACUGAUGGACGGCUUAGACAACCGAGGUGAGAUAGUGGUGAUUGGAGCAACAAAUAGAUUGGAUGCCAUAGAUCCUGCUUUGAGGAGACCUGGGCGUUUUGACAGAGAAUUCCUUUUCACCUUGCCAGAUAAAGAUGCAAGGAAAGAGAUCCUUAAGAUUCAAACACGAGAAUGGUCCCCAAAGCCAUCAGAGCCAUUUCUUGAAGAGUUAGCUGAAAAAUGUGUGGGGUAUUGUGGUGCUGAUAUUAAGUCUAUAUGUGCUGAAGCAGCAUUGUGUGCCUUGCGUCGACGUUAUCCUCAGAUAUAUACCAGCAGUGCCAAGUUGCAGCUGGAUAUUUCUUCUAUCAAUAUAACAGCAAAAGAUUUUGUGAUGGCAAUGCAGAAGACCGUACCUGCUUCUCAAAGGGCAGUGACUGCACCUGGCCAAGCACUUUCUACCAUUUCAAAACCACUACUUGAAAACAUACUUCAAAGAAUUUUGGAAGUCUUACAGAAUGUGUUCCCACAUGCAGAACUGGCACAAAAAGGGACAGGAAAGUCAGAUAUUUCUAGUCACAUGUUAGACACUGACUUGUACAGUGAUGAAGAGGGACCAUCAUUGUUUGAAACUGGGCAUUCACAGAAAAGUUCUGAAAAACAGAAGCAAAGUUUCCUUAAUUUUAACAAACAUGCUUAUAAUCAGCCGACAUCUUACCGACCAAGGCUCUUAAUAGCAGGAGAAUCUGGAUUUGGACAAGCUUCUCAUUUGGCUCCAGCAGUUAUACAUGCUUUAGAAAAGUUUACAGUAUAUACAUUGGACCUUUCCAUUCUCUUUGGUGUUAGUACCAGAACACCCGAAGAAACAUGUGCACAGUUGAUCUGUGAAGCCAAGAGAACAGCACCAAGUAUAAUAUACAUUCCAAAUAUACAUAUAUGGUGGGAUACGGUAGGACAGACAUUGCAAGCAACAUUUAUUACAUUGUUACAGAACAUUCCAUCUUUUGCUCCAGUUUUGCUCCUUGCAACAUCAGAUGUACAUUAUGCAGCUCUGCCAAAUGAGGUACAAGAAUUAUUUGCCAACGGGUAUGGAGAAGUUUUUGAUGUCCACUUGCCUACUACUGAAGAGAGGAGAGAAUUCUUUAAGGAUUUACUUCUUCAUCAGGCUAUUAAAUCUCCCGCAUCAAAAAAGAAAGCAGUUUUGCAGGCGUUAGAGGUUUUACCAGUAGCAGCACCACCUGAACCACGGCAAUUAACCAAAGAGGAGGUCAAACAGCUUGAGGAACAGGAGGAAGACACCUUACGUGAACUUCGAAUUUUCUUACGUAAUGUCACUCACAGGCUUGCCAUUGAUAAACGUUUCAGAGCCUUUACAAAACCAGUAGACUUGGAUGAGGUACCAGACUACGACACAGUUAUUAAACAGCCAAUGGAUCUUUCAACAGUUAUUUCAAAAAUUGACCUUCAUCAAUAUCUAUCUGCCAAAGACUAUCUAAAAGAUAUUGAUCUCAUCUGUAGCAAUGCAUUGGAAUACAAUCCAGAUAGAGACCCUGGAGAUCGACUCAUCAGACACAGAGCUUGUUCACUUAAAGACACAGCUUAUGCAAUCAUUAAAGAUGAAAUGGAUGAAGAGUUUGAACAACUUUGUGAAGAAAUUAAAGAGUCUCGCAAGAAAAGAGGUUGCAGCUCCUCCAAGUUUGCUCCAUCUUAUUAUUAUGUAAUGCCAAAGCAGACUGCUAUCUUAGAUGCUGUUCAGAAAAUGAAUUCGGAAUGUAGUGAGAAACUGAAAAGCCUUCCAGUGCCUUUGGACAGUAGUUCUCCUUUUUCUAACCCAUUAUCUAAGAGAAAACUCCGAAGAAAGAGCCGAUGGUGCCUGGGAAACCUAGCAAAACGGAAGAAAACUUCUCAUUUCAAUAAAGAGAAUAAAGCACCAGGAGAAGAACAAGAUGAAGCAGAGAGUGAUGGAGGAGAGUGUAUUGAAAAUAAUGAAUCCAGCAUGGAACAAACUGAAACAGAAAUAGCACAUACUUCAUUAGAAGAAUCUGAAGUUGUGCUUGCUGACCAGCAGACAAAUGACUGUGUAAAUAAAUCUGAUACAGAGACUGAGAAUGAGCAAGCUGUUGAUAAUAGUGCUAGAUGCAGAUCUGAGAAGGACAAUAUUGAAUGUUCAGAACAAAACAAAGGAUUUAAUGGAGACCUAAUAGAGCAUCCGUUAGAUGUAUGUAUGCAUCGCAUGACCCGUGCAAGGCGCUCACAGGUGGAGCAGCAGCAUCUCAUCAGUGUCGAAAAAGCUAUGGAGGUCCUCUCAGAGCAAAUACCACCCCUGAUUGUGGACUGUGAAAAGCUUGAGGAAUUACUGGAAACUGUUACUGAGAAAAGUAGAAACUAUACUAUACUUCAGUUGGAAAAACUUUAUGCUUUGCUCAGCCAAUGUAUUUAUCGACAUCGCAAAGACUAUGACAAAACAAAAUUGAUCCAGGAAAUGUCAAGAGAAAUUGUAGGAUUCAAUUAAUUCCGCUAAUGCAGAGUCCUAAUUUAAAAUAUUACUACGAAGUAAUUUCAGACCAAAUUAACUAAGCUAAUGUUUUUAAUUCUGUCCAGUAUGGGUACAAAAGCCAUAGCUAUGUAAGCAAUUUGAAGCUAGACAUAACAUGAAUAAGCGGUUCUGCCAUUAUGUCUGACAGUCUUUGUACCGUUUUGAUUCAUAAUCUAUUUUUUAAAAACUUCCUUCUUAAAAUAUGUUUUAAACAUACAAUACCCCCAAAUUAGUUCUGGGAGGAUUGAAGUUUUGAAAAUACAUAUUAAUUGCACCAUUUUUUCUUUGUAAAUUUAAUGAAAAUACAUGGUAAUUUAUCCCAAUCCAAUCAUGUAUAUAUGUUGCACCUGUAUUUAAAGAAUACAGUUGGUAAUCUUAACAUCCAACAUGGUUUUCAACAAAUGCUAGAACAAAUUUAACUAUUCCACUUUCUUAAGUGAAAUAUUCUCUCCUUUUUAUCUCUACAUUAAUUCUUCUAGUGUUCAUGUUACUGGCAGCAUCUUUUUCAGUGCUCUAAGCAUUAUAUAAAAUGUAAAUGUGUUAAAUUUUAAUUGACAAAAUAAAUGUGUGUAUUCAA